UUAACAUUAACAUGAGCAAAUUAGUUCAUUAUGCUUUUGAUGCUAUUUUAAUAACAACUAUUUUAGCUGGUAUUAAACGUUCUACUGGUCUACAACCAGCAACGUCUAAGAUUGAAAGCAGUACUAUUCGUAACUAUGUUGAUAAGUAUCUUAAUGUAGGCGAAUGGAUAUUUGACAUGACCAUUGCAUAUUUGAAACAUUCGUCUUAUUUUACAAAGGAGAAAUACAAUAAUAAAGAAUGACAAGAAUAUACAUCACUAAAUACCCCUCUUUCUCAGUUUAUAAUAAAGCCUUUAUAAUACUACUUUUUAAGCUUA